AUGGAGACGGCGGCGGCGUGCUUGUGCUACCGGGACUCCCGCGAGAAGACGAUGAAUGUGGGCUGGGAAGGGAUCCUGGAGGACAUGAAGGCGAUCCAAGAGUCGCUGGCGCAGCCGGAUCAGCUCAUCGCCAGCGUCAAGGUGCAGCAUAGCUCCAUCGAGGCCAAUCUGAAGGAUUUGGACUCUCAGCUGGCAGAUUCAAGGUUGGCCCUGCAGGGUUUAUCCUUGCGGCUGGAUGAGAUGAUCAAGCGCCCAUGGGCUCAGCAGGUGGCUUUGGACGUGGCUGUGGUCGAGGAUCAGGAGCCUGCGGUUGAUCUGAGGGAGGCGCCUGCGGACGUCAUCAAGAAGAUUGAGACCAAAGAGGCUGUUUCCCUCGAGGAUGACGAGAAAGAUCCGGAGGAAGAGGAGGAGGGGACAGGCAGCCAGGCGGCGAAUCCCGGAUUGACGGACAACGUGGUGCUGAACAAGCUCAUGGAGGAACAUCGGAAUGCGACGCGGCAGGUGCGCAGCAUCUCCUGGUAUGGGAAGCGUGGCUGGUGGCCGGUGAUCGUGCACCUGUGCAGGAGGGUGGUUGGAAACAACGUCUUCGAGUGCGUCAUCUCGGUGGUGAUUUUGGUCAAUGCCAUUAUGAUCGGUGUGGAGAGUGACCUGAGUAUCCGCGGAGAAGAUGAUCAAGUUUGGCUUCAGAUUCGUCAAGCCUUCAAACUACCCUCUCAUGGUGGACUGAUGGCCUUGUGGGUCCCCUUUGUGGGUCCUUGUGACGUCGCCUUUCGAGGGCAUUAG